AUAUGACCUCUUUUGUUUGCGACUUGAUCCAUUCACGCAGGACCUCAUCGCUUGUUUUGUUUGUCAUAUGUUUCUAUCUAAUUAAUGCCUGCGUUAAAAACAUCUACGGAACAUACACCAUCGACUAGUAAUUUAUAGCGAUUGUUGUGGCGGCUUGGUUGCAUCCCUCUACUCGAAGCUACCACUCGUUGAAGAGCUGUCUGGUCAUACAGCGUGUGCUGGACCUGUGAAGUGAGAAUGGACCCGCGGAAAGUGCAUGAGUUGAAGGCCUUCGUGAAGUUGUGCGACGAAAAUCCCUCCAUAUUGCACCUUCCCGAGCUCGGCUUCCUCCGGGCCUGGUUACAAGGAAUGGGAGCUACAAUUCCACAAGCCCCCCAAAAUGACUCUUCAUGCAAGGGUGGGUGUCCAUGUGCUGGAGCUCCUCCCCCUGCCUCUGCUCCUGAGCCCCAUGCCUCCUCUGAGAGUGAGGAGAGUGAAUUAGAGAUCGACCAAGAUGGGGUGAUUGAGCCAGACACAGACGAACCUCAGGAGAUGGGAGACUUAGAAAAUCUGGAGGUGACAGAUGAAAUGAUGGACCAGGCCAACGAGAAGAAGAUGGGAGCUAUCGAAGCGUUAGGAGAAGGUGACUUGCAGAAAGCCCUGGACCUCUUCACUGAAGCCAUCAAACUCAAUCCACGGGUAGCAAUCAUGUAUGCCAAGAGGGCUAGCGUCUACAUCCGGAUGCAGAAACCCAAUGCAGCUAAGCGGGACUGCGACAGAGCCAUUGACAUCAACCCAGAUUCUGCACAGCCCUACAAGUGGAGGGGGAAAGCUCACAAGUUGCUGGGGCACUGGGAGGAGGCAGCGAAGGACCUGGCCACUGCCUGCAAACUGGACUACGACGAGGACGCCAGUGCCAUGCUGAAAGAGGUCCAGCCCAAGGCUAACAAAAUCAUUGAGCACCGGCGCAAGUAUGAGCGCAAGAGGGAGGAGCAAGAAAUCAAGGACAGGAAGGAGAGGGUAAAGAAAGCGAGGGAAGAACAUGAGAAAGCUCAGAGGGAGGAGGAGGCUCGACAAGCAGCAGGAGGAGGUGGCUUCCCAGGUUUCCCAGGUGCUGGCGGUUUCCCAGGGGGUGCUGGUGGUUUCCCAGGGGGUGCUGGUGGUUUCCCAGGGGGUGCUGGCGGUUUCCCAGGGGGUGCUGGCGGUUUCCCAGGGGGUGCUGGCGGUUUCCCAGGGGGUGCUGGCGGUUUCCCAGGGGGGGCUGGCGGUUUCCCAGGGGGGGCUGGAGGCUCUCCUUUCGGCAUGCCUGGUCUGGGAGAGCUCUUUAACGACCCGGAGGUGCUCAACGCCAUGAAGGACCCUGAGGUGAUGGCAGCUUUCCAGGAUGUGGCUCAGAACCCAGCUAACAUCGCCAAGUACCAGGGUAACCCCAAGGUCAUGGCCCUCAUCACCAAGCUGAGUGCCAAGUUCGGGAGCCCUUCGCCCUAGAGGAGAGGUGAAGAAAAAAAGAGGAGAGCGGGAAGAAGAACGAGUGGCGGGAGAGUAGCAAAUGGAUGUUGUCAGGUGUCGGGAGAGCUAAAAAGCUUACUUGAGAUUAUUCCACUGUGUAUGGAUCAAAUGUCAACAGCAACUCUUAUACUGUAUGUUCUUAAAUGGAGCCCACCUAUUUGGGGCUGUUAGCUCUUAGUGGUUCCUCAAGCAAACUCAUGGACACUGAUGGGAACACUACUGGUUAAUAAUGGGGAAUCAAAACAGCCUGUCAGAGCCUUCUCAUUUAGAAUUCCUAUUGACUCCUCUUGCCACCCACCCCAUCCCUUGUUGUUUUACCUGAAUCUGGAAUAGUCAAACAGGACUCACACAUUAGACACCAGCUCUGAGGAACAUUUUAGAGACAUUAUUAUAUGGAGUUGUCAUCUUCUGUGUUCUCUACUGAGCCAAUCAAAACUAUGGCUAUUUGUUUUCUAUCAGGAGUGGAUGUGGUAAAACUAUUUCCCUCAGGUUUUCUGUUUUUUUCACUGUAACGUACAUUUUUUUUCAUGUCUGACUCUCCUUCCAAAUGCAAAAAAUGAGUGAUAUUACUCUUUUUUUGUUUGAUUUUGAAACUGUAAUGGAAAUAUCCAUUCAAAUCAAUAAAUAUUUGGUUGUUGCAAA